AUGGCAUACUUGUUAGAUAAAAAGCUAGCCGCAGUGUUUGAAGUCUUGUUAAGAAUUGCAAUUGCAUUGAUUCCCUUAUCCCAUUUUGCUGCGUUUGCUUUUACCAACUCCACCACUUCUUUGGUGGCUGCUGCUGCUGGAGACGUAGGAAAGGAAUGGAAGGAAGCAGAAGCUCUUCUUAAUUGGAGAGCUAGUCUUGACAACCAAAGCCAAACUCUCCUAUCUUCUUGGGGUGAAGGCAGCCCCUGCAAAUGGGUUGGAAUUCGCUGCGACGAGGCAGGAAGUCUCACCGGUCUAAACCUUUCGAGUUUUGGUUUGAUAGGUACGCUUUCCAACCUCAGUUUCUCAUCCUUUCCCGACCUCCUCGCCAUUGAUCUAUCAUGGAAUUCUCUUUAUGGAAAUAUUCCUGACCAAAUUGGUAACAUUUCCAAACUCACCCUUCUCAACUUGGCUCACAAUGAUCUUUCCGAAACUAUUACUUCAAGCAUUGGUAGACUUUCUAGACUCUCCUAUCUUGAUUUUUCUAGCAAUCAGCUUUCUGGAAGAAUUCCAUCCGAGAUAGGUCUAUUGAGGGCUCUACUUUCCCUUGCAUUGGACACAAAUAGUCUCACAGGAUCCAUUCCUACUUCUAUAGGAAACUUGGGUAACUUGUAUGAGCUUGACCUUUACGACAACAAACUUUCUGGUUCAAUUCCAACCACUAUUGGAAACUUGACUAAGCUCAUCAAUUUGAAAUUGAUGGUGAACAAACUAAGUGGUUCCAUUCCACCUGAAAUUAAUAAUCUUACCAAUUUGAGAAAUUUGGUACUAGGUAGCAACGAAUUUACCGGCCAUUUAUCUCAAUAUAUAUGUCAUGCUGGAUCACUUGUACAUUUUUCCAUAUGCGAUAACCAUUUUACAGGUCCUAUCCCAAAAGGUUUGAAAAACUGCACCACUCUAACCAGGAUUAGGCUUGAUGGAAACCAACUAGUGGGAAAUAUAACUGAGGAUUUCAGCAUUUACCCGAGCUUGAUCUACAUGGAUUUGAGUUAUAAUAAUCUUUAUGGUGAGCUUUCAUCAAAGUGGGGGCAGUGCCAAAAUUUGACAAGCCUGAAAGUCUCCAACAAUAAAAUUUCAGGCAAUAUACCUCCCAAGCUUAGUGGGGCAACUCAGCUAGUUGAGCUUGAUCUCUCAUCAAAUCAUCUAAUGGGAAAGAUUCCAAAGGAACUAAGGCGCCUAAAGUCAUUGAUCACACUUCUGUUGAGUGAUAACCAAAUUUCAGGUAAAAUUCCUUCAGAAAUUGGAAUGCUAUCUAGGAUGAAAAAUUUGAACCUAGCGGGAAACAAUCUAAGUGGUUUGAUUCCCAAAGAACUUGGGGAUUGCUCAAAUUUACUAUUCUUAAAUAUGAGUAGAAAUAUACUUGAGGGAAGUAUUUUUUCUGAAAUAGGUAGACUUAAUUCUCUUGAAAAUCUUGAUCUGAGCAUGAACGCCUUGAUAGGAAAGAUACCACCACAGCUUGGAGACUUGCCACGGUUAGAAAUAUUGAACAUUUCUCACAAUAAUCUCUCUGGUUCCAUCCCAUCAACUUUUCCUGAUAUUUCAAGCUUGACAUCUAUUGAUAUAUCCUACAAUGACCUAGAGGGUCCUAUUCCCAACAUAAAAGCCUUUCGCGAUGCUCCAAAUGAAGCAUUUCAAAAUAACAAGGGCUUGUGCGGUAAUGUCACUGGUUUGAAGGCCUGCCCACAAAUGAUUCAUAAUCCUUUACAUAGAAAUUAUGUGAUAAUAAUUUUAGUCCCUCUUUUGGGCACUUUGUUUGUUGUAUUUAUCACAUUUCAAGUUUCACAUAAAUGUAGCCAAAGAGUGAUGAAGAUAGAAAACAAGCUAACAAGCACACAAAAUGAUGAUCUUUUUGCAAUAUGGAGCUUUGAUGGGAAAAUGGUUUACGAAAACAUCAUUGAAGCCACAGAGGAAUUCAGUUCCAAAUAUUGCAUUGGACUAGGAGGGUAUGGAAGUGUUUACAAAGUUGAGUUGCCAACAAGUCAAGUCGUUGCUGUGAAGAAACUUCACUCACUACCUAAUGGUGAGACACCCAAUCAAAAAGCCUUCAUAAGUGAAAUUCAUGCCUUAACAGAAAUAAGACAUCGGAAUAUUGUAAAAUUAUAUGGUUUUUGUGCACAUCCACGCCACUCACUUUUGGUUUAUGAGUUUUUGGAAGGAGGAAGUUUGUUACAGUUACUAAACAAUGAGGAACGAGCAAAAGCAUUUGAGUGGAUUAAGAGAGUGAAUGUUAUCAAAGGUGUGGCAAAUGCUUUAGCUUAUAUGCACCAUGAUUGCUCAACUCCUAUCAUUCAUCGUGAUAUAUCAAGUAAGAAUGUUUUACUAGAUAUAGAGUAUGAGGCUCAUAUAUCUGACUUUGGCACUGCUAGGCUUUUGAAGCCCGAUUCUUCCAACUGGACUACACUUGCUGGCACCUAUGGAUACAUGGCUCCAGAGCUUGCAUACACAAUGGAAAUUAAUACAAAGUGCGAUGUAUAUAGUUUUGGAGUGCUGACUUUAGAAAUAAUCAUGGGAAAGCAUCCAGGAGAUCUCAUAUUAUCUCUAUCACCAUCAACAACAUUUACAACCCAUAAUAUGCCACUGAACGAUUUGUUGGACAAACGCCUUUCACUUCCUACAAAUCAAGUUGCAAGUGAUUUGCUCCACAUUGCAAAUAUUGCGAUUGCUUGCCUGCACACUAGUGCACAAUCGCGUCCAACAAUGCAACAAGUUUCUCAAGAAAUAUCUACUCAGAAAGCACAUUUGGUAAAGCCAUUGCAGAUGAUCAAAUUAGGUGAAGUGGUGACCGUUUAAUAGUGGGUUUUGUUCGAUCCUUUUUGUUUUUGCAUUGUCGCUUUUUUCGCAAGAUUAAUUGUAAUGCAAGAUAGUAUACAUAUUGAAACUUGAAAAUUCCAUCAAUAUAACAUCAUAAAGAAUACUUCUUUCUAA